GUUCUUCCGGGUGUCUUGCUGCAGGUUCCGCUCAGUAGCUGAGCAACUUUGGAGUGGUUUUGCCUGUUGCGCUCUGAGCGCUGCGGCUGGAUGCUGCGAGGGGGAGCUCAGGCAAGCCCCGAAGUCCCGGCAUGGAUACAGUGACCUAUGAUGAUGUUUAUGUGAACUUCACUCGGGAAGAGUGGGCUCUGCUGGAUCCUUUCCAGAAGAGUCUCUACAAAGAUGUGAUGCUGGAAACCUACAGGAAUCUCAUGGCUAUAGGCUAUAAUUGGGAAUACCACACUAUUGAAGAACAUUGUCAAAGACCUAGAAGACAUAUAAGACAUGAAAGAACACAUACUGGAGAGAAACCUUAUGAGUAUAAUCAAUGUGGUAAAGCCUUUGCACUUCACAGUCAUCUUCAAAGUUAUGAAAUAAUUAAUACUGGAGAAAAACGUAAUAAAAAUAUUCAAUAUGGUAAAGCCUUUGCAUAUCACAGUAGUCUCCAAACACAUAAAAGGGCACGUACUAGAGAAAAACCCUACAAAUGUAAUCAAUGUGAUAAAGCCUUUUCAAAAAACAGUUAUCUCAUGAUACAUCAAAGAACACAUACUGGAGAGAAACCCUACAAAUGUAAUCAAUGUGAUAAAGCCUUUUCAAAAGACAGUUAUCUCAUGAUACAUCAAAGAACACAUACUGGAGAGAAACCCUACAAAUGUAAUCAAUGUGGUAAAGCCUUUUUGCUAGACACUUAUCUCAUAAUACAUCAAAGAACACAUACUGGAGAGAAGCCCUACAAAUGUAACCAAUGUGGUAAAGCCUUUUCACAAGACAGUCAUCUUGCAGUACAUAAAAGAACACAUACUGGAGAAAAACCUUAUGAAUGUAACCAAUGUGGUAAAGCCUUUGCACGUCACAGUCAUCUUCAAAGGCAUGAAAGAAUUCAUACUGGAGAGAAACCUUAUGAAUGUAAUCAAUGUGGUAAAGCCUUUGCCCGUCAUGGUCAUCUUCAAAGGCAUGAAAGAACACAUACUGGAGAGAAACCCUAUGAAUGUAACCGAUGUGGUAAAGCUUAUGCAAGUUACAGUAGUCUCCAAAUACAUCAAAGAACACAUACUGGAGAGAAACCCUUUGAAUGUAACCAAUGUGGUAAAGCCUUUGCACAUUACAGCAGUCGCCAAACACAUCAACGAACACAUACUGGAGAGAAACCCUAUGAAUGUAACCAAUGUGGUAAAGCCUAUACCUCUCACAGAACUCUCCAAACACAUCAAAGAACACAUACUGGAGAAAAACCCUAUGAAUGUAAUCGAUGUGGUAAAGCCUUUACGUGUCAAAAAACUCUCCAAAUACAUCAAAGAACACAUACUGGAGAGAAACCCUAUGAAUGUCAGCAAUGUGGUAAAGCUUUUGCACAUCACAAUUGUCUCAAAAUACAUCAAAGAAUACACUAGAAAGAAACCCUAUGAAUGUAACUAACGUGAUAAUGACUUUGCACAUUCCAGUAGUCGCCUAAUACAUAAAAGAACACAUACUAGCAAGAAACCCUAUGAAUGUAACCAAUGUGAUAGAGCCUUUGCACAUCACAGUUAUCUUCAAAAGCAUGAAAGAAUUCAUACUGGAGAGAAACCCUAUGAAUGUCAGCAGUGUGGUAAAGACUUUGCACGUCACAGUAAUUUCCAAAUCCAUCAAAGAACACAUACUGGAGAGAAAAACGUUUGAAUGUCAGCAAUGUGGUAAAGACUAUGCACAUCACAGUAAUCUCCAAAUACAUCAAAGAACACAUACUGGAGAGAAAACAUGGAUGUCAGCAAUGUGGUAAAGCUUUUACAAAUCACAAUUAUCUCAAAGUAUACCGAAGAAUACAUACUGGAGAGCAACCCUAUUAAUGUAAUCAAUAUGGUAAAGCCUUUGCUUGUCACGGUCAUCUUCAAAGGCAUGAAAGAAAUACUGGAGAGAAGCUCUAUAUGAGUAUUUAAUAUGGUGAAGCCUUUGUACAUUUCAUCAUCAUGAAAGAAUUCAUACUGGAGAGAAACCUUAUGAAUGUGUUAAAAUGGUGACAACUUUGCAUAUUUCUAUAGUCUUAAUCGUAAUAAAUUCAUACUGGAGAGAAAUUCUGUGAAUGUAAAAAAGUGUGGUAAGGCCUUUGUGUCAUAGGGUCCAACACAACUCAAAUACCAGGUCAAUGCAAAUGAGAAGACUUUAUUGUAAUCAACUCAUUGCUAAUUGAUGAGGGCCACAGAACAUGCUUGAGAGAUGAACUGUGACACUCACCUCUACCUCUUAGCCAGAAUUUUACAUUUUUUUUAGAUUUAUUAUUUAGACAACAUUCUACCUGCAUACCAGAUCUUACUAUAGAUGCUUGUGAGCCACCAUGUGGUUGCUGGGAAUUGAACUCAGGAUGCUUGGAAGAACAGCGAGUGUUCUUAAGCUCUGAGCCAUCUCUCUAGCCCCCAUUACAGAACUUUUAAGUUUGAAAACCAUAAACAUCUGUGCUGUAACUUGUUACAGUUAUAUUUUUCCACUAAAUCAGGAUUUAGAAAUAGGGCCUUUCCUUAUGUAGUUGAUUUAUGUCAACUGAUACAGAAUGUAGGUUUUACAGUAAAACAAUCAUAUCUAUUUGUUCUUUUGUCAUUAGGAACAACCAUUAUGUUUUGAGGAACAAAACAUGAAUAACACAAGCUAUGGUUAAGUGUCACUUGUGGAGAGCCGAGACUCAGACGCCACUAGGUGGCGCUGACAUCUCGCCCUCAAAACUGUAAACCUACAGGGCGCAUGCGUAGAUUGCGUAAGCACGCUAAGAAUUGCGUAGGCACGCCGGGUAAGAGUGAGCAGCCAAUCGGUAUUGACAUGUCACAAGCCCGCUAAGCAUAAUGGGCCCAAGUCAUCAGGCGGGGUAAAAGUGAGCAGCCAGUCAGGGUAUUCACACGUCACUCAGGUGCGACCCGGGCUUAUAUAAACAGCGCCACAUCGGGGGCUCUCUCUCUCCUCUCCUUUCAUCGUGUGACUAAUAAAGGUUUUGUUGCAGAAGAAUUCCUGUGGUCGCGUGCGUUUCUGCCGGCGAAACGCUCACGUGGCUCCCAACAUCUGGUGCCGAAACUCGGGAACAGUGCUGGGAAGAAAACAAUCCAUUCUGGGUACCGGAGCCCCUCACGUGAAAGCUCGUGACAGCUGAAGAUGAUCUUUCAACAGACACACCUGCUACUGCUUAAAGAAUCAAGGACAGCGAGGAGGACCACUAAUUCUACUCGAGUGGAUUCAUUGCCCACAGACUGGCUUUACCCUGGGUUUCUUCUGCCUUUUCUUACUUCAGAUUGGGUGGGGGCGGAAUGUUUGGUGUAGCAUUGUGUUGUGGCUUAGUGUUUUUUACUCUGGUUGUUCUGCAAACUCAAUACCCAAAACAAACGUGACUAGGUCACAAUCGCGCAAGCACUAGCACCCUUGGAACAAGGAUCAUCUCCCAAAAAUUUGGUUAUCCAUGUUAAAAAAUUAAAACAGACUGUGACACUCAGUCGAUGCACCUCAGGGGUUUCACCCAUUGCACUGAGUCGAUGAGUGAUCCAGGUUAAUGUUGCCUUUGCCUAAACGGUUAUGGUACCUAGAUAGGAGGGUGACAGCUCUUGCACUCCCUGGAAUUUUAUUCCAUUGCACGGGAAUGAGUGUCACCUCCUUUUUAAAAUGUGGUACCUAGAUAGGAGGGUGACAGCUCUUGCACUCCCUGGAAUUUUAUUCCAUUGCACGGGAAUGAGUGUCACCUCCUUUUUAAAAUCUUCUCCCCUAGCCCCUGCACCCAGAGAACUCGUUUCCAUUGCACCUGGUGGGGUAAGGGAGUAAUCUAAAGCUCUUGAUCGCUUACUCCCCAAAGAAGGAGUUUGCUUGAUCGAGCUUAGGGCCCUCUUGUACCGUGCUUAUAGGCUUUUAGGCAGUUUUCAUUUAUUUAUAACGAAAAGGGAGAUGUGGAGAGCCGAGACUCAGACGCCACUAGGUGGCGCUGACAUCUCGCCCUCAAAACUGUAAACCUCCAGGGCGCAUGCGUAGAUUGCGUAAGCACGCUAAGAAUUGCGUAGGCACGCCGGGUAAGAGUGAGCAGCCAAUCAGGGUAUUGACACGUCACAAGCCCGCUAAGCAUAAUGGGCCCAAGUCAUCAGGCGGGGUAAAAGUGAGCAGCCAGUCAGGGUAUUCACACGUCACUCAGGUGCGACCCGGGCUUAUAUAAACAGCGCCACAUCCGGGGCUCUCUCUCCUCUCCUUUCAUCGUGUGACUAAUAAAGGUUUUGUUGCAGAAGAA